AGGAACUGCAUCUGCUAAAACAAGAUAGGAAUAACCUGGGAACGCAAGUUUAUUAUAUCGAAAAUUUUUACGAGAUAAUGUGUGCUGCCCAUCGAGCAACUAAGCGUGGUGGCCGUGAAAAAAGAUUCAGAACUGAAAGGCAGGUCUGUGGAAUGGAUAAUCUUAGAUGCUUUAUCAGCGAGGAAGUAGGGCAAAUAUGA